CAAAGUGUAUUUCCUCCUUUUCCUCCUUCUUCCCCUCUCUUCCACCCACUUCCCGAGACGAAUAGUCUCAUCGUGGAAAUUGACAUUGUGAAUUCCUUUUCCCUCCGACCAACUUGUAGCCCUGUAGUUGAAAUCGCCCAAUAUGGCCGUCUAUGGGCGUACUUCCCUCUUUCGGGAAAGUGGCGAGUGGCCCUCUGCAGCUUAUUUUCCCUUUCAUGGCCACUUCUCGGCCUUUCCCGGACGCCGGGAAAUAUCAAGUGCGCAGGGACUUCAAGAUUCGUAAAAAUGGUAAUCGCUCGAAAGUAAUUCCGGCUCUUUGAAGUUAAAGCGAAGGUUUCCCAGGGCUUCCUGGCCCGCUACGUUUUGGCGCGCGAUUAUCGGGGAAAUUGCUGGGAAAAUUAUCGGGGAAACGAUCGAAGGAGAGGGGACGAUUCGGUAAUCGAGUAAUUGGGUGACGCCGAUGGCCGGCGACGUGUCGUCCGUGAGGUGAACCGAGAGACGAGGAGUCGAUUAUGAGAGGAUGACGUCCCUGAUUCACCGGGACUUCGGGUCCCCCAGGAAGAGGGAAUCGAUCGGUAGCAACGCCUCGAGUUACUUGCUGCUCCUCAAUUCCCUUGCCACGGAUUUGGAUUGCAUGCUGAGCGAGCUCUGCACCACUCCUGAAGCAUACGAGCGGAGCGACGUCUUCCUCGAACCGUACCUACAGCAGCAUGGAACCGUGCAGGUCGUCAGCUCGCCGAGUACGCCGCCACCGAACCCUCUUCAGCAUCAUCAACUUACGCAGUUACAUCAUGUACAGAGCGAGGAGUCGCUCUCUUCCGGGGCCUCGGCAACCUCCGGGGAGUCCUCGGGCUCCUCCGAGGACUCCGGCGGCGAAGUUGCCUGCGACAUCACGCUCAUCGAGAGGCUGAUUCGGUCUCAUCCGAUCUGGUUCCUGCCGGGCAUCCAGAGGGCCGGUGCUUUCCACUUGUUGCAAGGCAAAGAGGAAGGGAAUUUCGUCGUCCGGCAGUCCAGCCAGACCGACACGAUGGCCCUCUCCGUCAGGCUGCCGACCGGCAAGGGUCCUUACAUCGAGCACUACCUGAUCCAGUCCAACAAGGGGAAGCUCAGCCUCGAGACCAGCGAGAAUAGGUUCGACAAUAUCCCCUCGCUGAUCGCCCACUAUUCCCAGUGCUGGGUACUUUCUGGACCUUGCAUUUUGAACUCAACUCGCCGUCGUUACUCCUUGGCAAGCAGUGACGAGUUGCCGGUGCAACUCACUCUCCCGAGGGCGAUGAGGGAGGCGAAGAACAGGCAGCAACUUUCGUCGCUGGCAUUGCUGGGCCAGGAGUUUUGGAGGUAUCCGAUGGCGAACCCGAAGCCCCUGGAGAGCAGCAGCAGCAAUACCUCCAGCAUCAGCAGUUUCCAUGGCGGUAACAACAACAUUGCCGGUACCCCGACGACGGAGAGCAUAGUUCUGAACCUGGCACCGAUUUCUCAACAUGCGUUCUUAUUUUUAGUGAGCACCUCUCCGACGAACACCGUCAGCACGUCGACGUUCGCCUCGUCGCUGCCAAGACAGCCGAGGCCGACCCCGCCGAACACGCUGAACCUGACGACGUUCAACGAGCCGCUGGACAGGAAGGAGAACGCCCUGGAGAGGAUGUCACCGGGGGAGAAGCUGUCGCAGAAGCUGAUCUCGCCGAACCUGGUGCAGAGCGUGCGCUGCCCCUCGCCGGUGGUGCACAACGUGGAGAGCAACGUGCUGAGCCCGGCCGAGGUGGCGAGGAGCACCUUCGAGACCAGCAGGACCAUCGUCGAGACCUCGAAGAGCACCCUGGUGGAGUUCUCGAGGAGCACGAGCAACAAAUUCACCUCGAGCGGGUCGACGUUCCACCAGAACCUCGCCAACUUCAACAACCUCUCGAGCGCGAACUCGCCGAUCCUUCCAGAGGUGAGGAACGUCAUCCUGGAGAGCCAGGGUAUGACGCAAAACGUGAAAACCCCUCCGCCCCCGCCGCCAAGGUGGGCGAAACCCGGGGUCAGUCAGAGCCAGAACAAUUUCACGGUGACCACGACGGUGACGUUCAACGUCAACCAGAAUAGCGAGACCAACUCGCAGCAGAAUACUCCCUCGGAUCAAAACUCGUCCCUGCUGAGUCCCCAGAGCGCCACGUCGAACAAGUCCCUGGGGUCGAAUCUGUCGAGCAAGUCGCCCUUGUCGCCGACGACGCCGGUGCUGUCCCCCACGUCGAAGCUAGUCCCCGGUGCAGGUCUGAAGGGCCAGAGCGUCCUCUCGCCGACGACGCCAUCCAGCACCAGCAAGUCGAAGAGGCGCAGGGACCGGGAGGCCCGGAAGAACUCCCAGCACUACCAGGAGUCCGACAUCCUCGAGUCGUACUACCGCAGCUCCCCGGGCGACAAGAUCUCCGACUACGAGGACAUCUGGAACACGACCGACCAGUCCAACCACUCUACCUGGUCGCCGAAUGACAAACUACUGCGCUGUGAUCUGCCGACGUCCCCGCAGACGAGGCUGAAGAGCUCCAACGACCGGCUGGUGGGCCCGGAGAGGAUCGUCAGCCCUGCCGAGAGGUGUCCCAACGAGAGGCUGACCGUCCCCGAGCAGUUCGUCCUCAGGAACGACAGAUUCAUCCUGAGGAACGACAAGUGCGUCGGCAACGAGAAACUCAGCUACAAGGAGACCGCUUGUCCGGAGUUCAGCAGCUUCAAGCCGGCUCUGGACCCGAAGAGUCCCGACGCGGGCUCCCUGGAAGAGACGGGGAUGGAAAAAAGGCCGGAUCUGCUUUCCAGAGUCUGCAGUGCCAAUUCUCUGAACAGUCCCAGCACCGUGACGCCACCCAGGAACAAACUCGGCUUGAUGCUUGCCAAGUCGGAGAACAACAGUCCGCUGACCCCGGAGUCGAAGCAAGGCAGCCCGUUCUACGCGGAACCUGCCGACGCGAUCGCCCAGAGCGCGGCGAUGAUACCCAGAAGAAAACCCAGAAAUAACCCCGCGGCCAACAAGUACCGACACAGCGAACCGGGCUGGUUGCAGACGCCGGUCGGGAACAACGCGAACCAGCUGCAUCCGAUCGAUUGGGAAGAGUCGGAGGAGACCGAGGACAAGACGCCGCUGAUAUCCUCGUCGGUGGACAAUUUGGCAAAAAGAUUGAGCUCCAGGGAGGUGAAGAAGAUACCCAGGGCCAAACCCGUGCAGCCUCCGAAAGUCAGGGCCAAGGUCUUCAACGACACCUCCUGGGCCGUGGAUUCCAGUUGGGAGUUCAUCGGUAUGUUGGUCACCAGAGGACACGAAGAGGAGUGCGAGCCGGACUACGACUGCGACGCCGAUUACGACGGCGACAACGUGGCGAGGAAGUUCCCCGACGAGGAGCGCGAGAAGGACGUCGUGGGGAACACACUGACCGUCCAGAGUAUCAUUCUUCAACGGUACCCUGAGUUGCUGAAGCCGCCAGACGCCACGGAGUCGCUCAACAGCGACAGGAACUCCUCCUACGACAACGUGGAGAAGAGGAACGAGAGGAUCGACACCCCCGACACGAGAGGCGACCCCAUGUACGACCCUUCCGAGUGGGAGACCACGAUAGACACCGACGAGAGCGACGUGGAGAGGAUGAAGAGGAACAAGAGCUUCAAGGAGCGCCUGGACCCUCUUCUAUCUCCUCCACGGCUCCAGGCCUUGAGGAACCGGGAGGCUGGAGGAACCGGCUCGACGAUCAGAACCUAUGCUCUCCAACUUGCCGCCGACAAGACCACCACGUUCUCCCAGAACAUCGACAACUUCAUCCAGUGCACCAAGGAAGGCAAGGAGGCGAGUCCCCACGUGGUCAUGAGGAACAUGCGGCAGUUCAUGUCGGGGAUGAAGAACUACCUGGUGAAGCACGGAGAGCGCGAGUUCGAGAAGGAGGUAGAGAAGGAGCGACUGAAGCUGAAGCCCAACGAGUUCUUGAACCUCGACGCGAUCCUGGAAGGCGUCAUGAUGGGCCUGGUCGUGCGACCUCUCAGAGAGCACGUCUACAGGCUCUUCGUGGACCACUACGCAGCCACGGGAUCUCUGCACACCCUUGCCGAGAGCAUACAGCACGCGCACGGGAAGCACAUCCAGGAACUUGGAGUUCGGCCUAAAAUCAUUCCUCCCUCGGAAUCGAGUCUGGAUUGCAUCCUGAAGUACAUCGACCGACUCCAGAAGGCGGACUCUCCCCUGGACAAGCUGGAGAACCUCCUGGCAGCUAUUUCUGCCAUCUUCAAUUCCGUCAAGCAUGCCAAUUCCGGACGUCACGUGACGCUGGGCGCCGAUGAUCUUCUACCAUUGCUCGUCUGGGUUCUGGUCCGAGGAAGGGUCGUCGGUGCCGAGGUCGAGGCCGAGUACAUGUGGGGUCUUCUUCAUCCUUCCCUCCUUACUGGCGAAGGAGGUUACUACCUGACGACCCUGUCCAGCGCGGUGCACGUCCUGAAAACCUUCAAGAUCAGUCAGGGCACCAUGUCCACCUUGAACGGCUGCGGAACUCCCGACUGCUCCUCUGUCCUGCGAGUUCUCGUGCCGGAUGAAUUGCACGGCUCCUUGAACACGAGGACGCUUCCGGUGCGGCCGAAUAUGAACACCAGGGACGUCUGCCGGAUCCUGGCGCACAAGACCCGGUGCACGAACCCUCAGGACUACGGCCUCUUUAAGUUGGUGCAAGGGGAAGAAACUCUGCUCGGCGAUCACGAGUGUCCUCAGGAAAUCUCCCACUGCCUUUUCGCGUUCAAGCGCAUCGACGCGAAGAUCGCUUGGCCGAGAACCGCAUCGUGAACGACUCGGAAUGCCGUCGCGGGUGCAUCCGGGAUAUCUAAACGUGAUCCAGACUGGAAGGACGAAACUUGGAUCCGCUCCUUUCGCUCGGCAGACGAAGCCGAGAGUAGCGGACUCGUACAAAUUCGACACGGCGAUCGCGGCUCUGGUUUCUCUCUUUUUUUUUUUUUUUUAUUUCACCGGGAUAUCUGACAGUGGAUAUUUAAAAACUGUAUCUCUUCGUAUAGAACGCGUCUUAGCAUGUGUGCCGAGUAUUUAUCAGCGGUCGCGGCUUGUCCGGAAAUUAUUCCGUGGUAUCCAGACGUUCGAAGUUGCCCACUUGGAGAGUUCAUUGUCGACGUUGAAAAAAAAAAAGAUUCCUUUAUCGGGGGCGAUCGGUAGAAACGACUUAGAAUUCGCCCUCUUCAGGGUUGUUCCUUCGGUAGCGUUAGGUUCGCGAUUGGUAACCGGACCAGUUAUUUCAUUCGCAAGUGGGCAGAAACAUUUAUAUACGUCCCUCGUAUUCCUCGAUGUUCAUUCGGACCAUUUAUCAUUAAAUGUAGGACCGUCAUCCUUAACACUGCCGCCACGGUGAACGGAGUAGCGGGAUCAUAAAGUGACCUAGGUCACCUUUGGUAUCUAAAGGGACGAUGGGAGGAAAAAGUAAACGUAUGUUAAUCAGUAUUUCGAGAUUUCGUGAACGUCUACAAUAAUGACAUACUAUUAACUAAAACUAGCGGCGUUGUAGAGAGGGGGUCGGCUCCGAGGUGGGGGGCAUUGUUGCGACGAGUACGCCAAUCAUCGUAGUCCUUAACGGCGGAGUUCACGGAAAUGUGGUCAUUCCGUUGCUGAGAUAAAUCCAGAGGAAGUACCGUCAUAAAGGGAGGCAAUUAAGCGAGAAAGGACAGUGCUCUUUGGGGGCCGGACUUGCCGGUAACCGUCAUGCAAUUGGGUAACCCUUUUUGGGGCUAAUUUGUCUCCCUCCUCGAGAUCGACUCCGAAAUGGUAUUCUCUACUUUUUCUAUAACCGCGUAAAUUUGUAGGGCGUUUAAUCACGAUUCAAAUUCUAGAGUAGGACGAAAGGUAGCCUAGACUCUAUUUUAAGUACUUUGUACGAGACGUGGUGAAUUACUAAGUAAGCGACCUGUACUUUACGUAAACCUCGUAUAUUUAUUGGAAGUUGUAUACAUUAUUUCUUGUCAUUCAUCGAGUCCUCUUUACGUCAGAUUUUUCUCCCUUUUGAGAUCCUUGCAGCUAGAUUGAUUUUCUUCUUCCCUUUUCGACGGAGGCUGACGAAAUUUAGGAACCUAAUUGUCUCAAACGAAACGGUGAGAAUUUCGAUGUUAAUUCUUUUUAACCGUCAAUUGACGUUUCCGCAAAUCAGUCUCGCGCGCGGGAUCAUCCAACAGCAAUAACGUGUCAUUGCUUCCUGUACAUUUCCGUGUAUCUAAUUUAUUAAACGCGUUUUUACUACUUUUAUAUAUUAUAAUUGAACGUUCCCACGAAGUGCUUCGUUGUCUAUCCCCAUUAAUCCGAUUAAUUGUAAGGUUAAUGCUUCUAAUAUGCUAGUCAAGCCGAAUACGAAUGUGAAGUCUGUAACAACGUUAAGUGUAUAAUCACUCCGCAACAGCUCUAUCAAUUGAGAAUUACGUCGUUUACGAAACAUUACUGCCCCGACCACUUAUUAUUGUAAUAAGUAAUAUCUACGCUCGGUAAACUUUUUUCUAUUACUCGCUGUCUCUAUUGUACCGGAAACUUUCGACAUGAAUAAACUAUAUUUGAUUUAA